AUGAAGUCAAUCACUUUGUUAAUGCUAGCGGUCUCCGCAGCCUUCUUCAGCACAGGUUACACCACACGUUCUGCCAAUGCUGCAUUUGAGCUUGUGAGCCGUGGCGUUGAGUUUGCUGAAGCUGUGAGGAUCGCCAGAAACGUGACAAUAGCUUUUCAAAUCGGCGCCGUUAUUGGUGCUCUGCUACUCUGGCCACUGUCGGCAUUGUUCGGGCGCAAGACGAUAUACAUCGGCGGCAUUGGCGUCGCAGCACUAGGAUCGAUCAUCAGCAUCUCGACCCCGAAUAUUUCAGCCUUCUACAUCUCUUGCGGGUGUGCUGGCAUAGCCAUUGUCAUCUCCCUGAUUAUCGGCAACUUGUGGGUCGCCGAGAACGUCCCUGCGCGAUCCCGUGGCCAGUAUGUCAUUUCUUACAAUAUCGGCGGCGCCGUAGGGCUCGCGACAUGCGAAUGGAUCAACUUCGCCAUCGCCUGGACUGGCAGCGACCCACGCAUUGGCAUCGGCUUGCGCUUCUUGUUCCUUAUACCAGCUGCAGUUCUGCUCUACAUGGCGCCUGAAUCGUACCGCUGGCUGCUCAACCACAACCAAACCGAAGAGGCACGCGCAAUCCUCAACUCCCUCGACCAAAACCUGCCCAGCAAUGGCUCGGCCACCAAAGAAACCUACUUCGAUGCGCUCGUCCAUCAUCAACAGCGCGCCACGAACACUCCCUCAAUCUUCAGCCUACGCCCACAGGCUCCACAGGGCCCAACCAAGCUGCACCUCCAUCCUCGCCGCCGCCUCAUCCUCGUCUUCGCAGUCCAAACCCUCGCGGCCCUCUGCGGCAUCUCCUCCGCCAACUUCUACAUCACCCGCGGCCUCACUAAUGCCAACACCAGCCUCACUCUAGCGACCCGCGUCGUCAUCUCCCUCGUCCCCACGCUCGACGUCAUCUUCCAGAUCCCACCCUACCUCCUCAUCUCCCGCUUCGGAGUCCGCAAGCUCCUCAUGCUCUCUGCCCUGGGCAUGGCCUUCUGCUUCACCGUUGCCACUCCUGUAGCAAGCAUCCGUGCGAACAGCUUCUCGCGGCUAUUCUUCGCCGGCACCGACGGGCAGAGCGCCGGAGAGGAGAACGACCUGAACGCUGUGAUCAUUGCCUUCGGCAUCCUCACCUACGUCUGUUACGAUUUCGGGCUUGGCUUGGUACCGUACAUCCUCAUGACGGAGUUUACGCCGUCCCUGCAGAAUCCACUUUCAGGGGAGAUGGACUUGAGCACAGCUAUACCCGCAAUCACAACAAGUAUCCGCUUCGCCAUCGAUCUGGGCAUGAUGUUUGCACAAGCGUCCGCAGUCAGCAUGGGCGCCAGCUACCUUCUCGUGUGGCUGCUGGUGAAUCUGGUCAUUGUGGUGGUGGUGUGGGCGAUCGUGCCGGAGACGGUCGGGAGAGGGUUGGAGGAUAUGGAUCGCUAUUUCGCUUCGAAUCCUCUAUGGUUUGUUGGGCUCAGAGAUAAGGCAGCGCGACGGGUUUGGGGCGUGCAAGGAACCGGAAGCGCAGCGGGUAGGGAUGGAGAGAGAGGUUAUGUACCGGGCUCAUGGGCCGGGAGGCAUCAGUAUCAUAAUGAGGAAGACCAGGACGAAUACUGGCAUGGAGAGGCAAGGGGGAGGACUUACAGCGCUGGCGCAAACAAUGUAGAGAUGACCUCGACAUCGCAACGCAGGGAACAAGAGCAGCAGCAAGAAUACACGGGUCUGCCAAAAGGCGUGGCGAUGGACGUGAGGCGGUCGAUAUACUGA